UCAAAAGUCAAGUCAGACUCAGUCGCUUGCGCGGGAAUCGACGCAGCGCAUGCGUUUUCAACAAAGCGCGUUACAGCAAUUGCUCACCGCCGAAUGCAAUCAAUUUUUUUUUCGUUGCGUAGAUUUCGAUUUUGUAAAUAAUGAUAACUUGCUUCUGACAGGACUUGUACAGUAGUAACAAUUUCCAAAGUGUGGUUUAUACUGUUUAUAUUGUUUUAAUCCAGACGAUACGUUCUCUUACGAGAGUACAUCAAGGAUUGCGAUGGUGACAUGAAAUGGUGGGAAUGCGUCGGGCGUUGUGGUGGCACCUGUUGUUGGUGCUGCAGGCGGCUCUAGCCCAGCGCGCGGUGCCCACGGCUUGCGACGAGGACGUGUGCCGCUGCGACUCUUUUACCAGGCUGAUAUGCCAUUGUACAGACACCGUUAAGGAAAUCACGCUAAGGCCUGAGGGAUCAUAUCGCGUACCCUCCACGGCAACUGCUAUCAUAAUUGAAAAUUGUGAACGAGUGAUAUUUCUAACGGAAACAUCACGUAAGCUCACUCAAUUGAGAUCAGUGCAAUUGAGAAAUAUUAGCAACGUCAUCAUCAGCGAACGUGCUCUCGCGUGGUCGCCUUUCCCCACCGACAACGAAAUGAAUCCAGGAUUAAGAAUAGAAAUUACCAAUAGUACGGUGUAUGAAAUUUCCUCUCACGCAAUUCAAGGGCGCGUUAACGAUAUACUUAUUAGUGAUAGCCAUAUAUUAAGCCUGAGGCCCUUUGCCUUUUCUAGUCUCACAGGUGUUAAAAACAUAGAACUUACCAAUAAUAUAUUCCAUAACGUAGAAAUACAAGCAUUCAAGAAGUUCACGACUUCAAAUUUCGUGCUGCGAGGCGGCAUCGCUAAAAUAUUACCAAGCCGAUUCCUAUCAGAUGUAGAAGUUACUAAUUUUUUUCGAAUAGAAGGAGUUACAAUUGAUCAGUUAUCGAGUUUAACAUUUCUUGUCAGUUUACCAAAGAGAGUAUUGAUAGAAAAUAAUAUAAUUGAUACAUUGAAUGCAGACAGUUUUCGUAUAACUUCGAGGGGCCCAGUCACAUUCAGAAAUAAUACUGUUACGACAGUUGGAAAAGGUGCAUUUCUUGGCUUCACAGUGGACAAGGAUACAAUAGCAUCGAUGGGUCGACAGGAGCUUUUGAUAGACAAUAACACAAUGACCACCGUAUCGCCUACCUCGCUUUCUUAUAAUCAGUCUACGCUAACACUUCGCAUCGACGGUUUGAAUCUGAACGAGAGAUGCACGUGUGAAUUUGCAGAGGUUUGGCGUGAAAUGUUAAGCUCACAGGGAGGUAUCAUUAAUUGCUGGUACGACCUGGAAGGGCAUUUCGUAUCGAUUCCGACGUUUAUAGACAGUCGUUGUGGUGCAUUUAAGCAAACAUUUUGGAUUUUCGUAGUCGUGGGUAUAGUGCUCGUGUUAUUGAUAGCGGGAAUUGUGAUAUUUUUUAUUGUGAAAAGGGAGAAUGAAAAAAAGAAGAAGCUACAAAUUGUGAUGCCUGAUGGGAAGACUUACAGGGAGACUGAAUUCCACAUAGUUGUAGAAAGAGCAGAGCUCCUCACUACUAAUUUAUAAAAUUUCAGAGUGAAGUGUCGAACUUCAUGGAUCUCUAUGACCGAAUGAUUCGGUUGUCACUGCUCGAGGAAAAUUUUGCGUAGAUCGCGAAUCGCUACCUCAAGUCGGGAAUUAUGGUGUAAAGAGUAAAACGUGCCAAGUAUAUUAUCUUAAUGUCUAUCAGUAUUAUACGAAAUGUUAAAGUUAUAAUAUGUUACUGCAAUGUUCGUUUCAAAUUGCUGAUUAAGAGCUGAAACACACCGGCUGCGUAACCAACGUGUACGUGCGCGUCCCUACCUAUUGCAAACAUCAAUAUGGCUGCCGCAGCGGCUAGACACGCAAUGGUCGAGUUGCGUUGUGUCAGGGGUGUCAGGGGUUCACGCGCGACACUACGCACGUGUCACGUGUACGAGCUGCAUUCGCAACUGGUGAGAAUCGGCUUUAAAUUAUUAUGAUUUAUUAGACUAUUUUUCGAAUAAAGUACAAAAUAGUUAAA